AUGAGACCAAUCUUCAAUAUCGCUCGUUACGGAGAAAAACUAAAAGAGCUUACACAAAUGAACACUUUCAACGCAUUCAGUGCUGGAUCAGCUUACAGGUACAAAACAGAGCAGAAAUAUAAAACUGUAGAAAUGACAGCUUUUACAGGGUGA